AUGAUAUCUACCCGCUUGUUUGUUGGGAAUCUCCCACAAAACGCGGAAGAGAAAGAACUAUACUCGGCCUUUUCUUCUUUUGGUAAAGUUACAAGUGUGGAUUUGAAAUGCAAACCUGACGAUGCAAAAGAAAGCAAGAAGUUCGCUUUUGUUUCGCUAUCUGCUGAUAAUGGGAAUGUGGAAUCAUGUAUUAAACACUUCAUACACGAAGAAUUUAAAGGCAGUAAACUUUAUGUGACUAGAGCAAGAGAAAGUUUCUUAGAAAGACUACAACGGGAGAGGGAACUAGUAAAAAUAAAAGAAGCUGAAAAGUUAGCCGAAGAAGAAAGUUUACCCAAGAAAAAUCCUGUAUUGAAAUUAAGUAGCAAGCUAAAUCCUAGGAAAAGGAAAGCAGAACAAAAUCAUGAUAAAGAGCAUAACCAUAGAACUAAUAAGCAUGAAAAUAUUGUAGAGGAAUGGAAUGUUUUACAUGACAAACAAAAAACAAAGAAACAUCAAAGAGAUGGAUCCCACCUACUUGCUGGGGACACUGCUGAUAGCAAAAAUUUAUCAGUUGCCACGGAAACAGACAAGAGGAAACAUGAGGCAGAAAAAAAACGAUUGGAAUCCAUGAAGAAAAAGAGGCAGGAGUUUAAAGAAAAGAAAAUGAUCAUCAAAUCAGGAUUAACUGGUGUAGAUAAAGUACAAAAUAAAAAACUUAUAUUUUCCGAUGUGGAAGAUGAGAUGCCAAGACAAACAAAAACACAUACCAUAGCAAAUAAAGGACACAAAAAUCAUACAGCUCUAUUUGAAGAUGAUGAUGCUGAUGAUUCCAAUGAUGAAUUGAACUUUGAAGUUAAAAAGCAAUAUGAAGGCAAAAAAGGCCAGAAGGUUUUAGAUUUGCAAUCAAGAUACAAAUCUGAUAAACGUUUCACCUUAGAUGAAAGGUUCAUUGACGAUGAUGAGGAUGAGGAACCUGAGAAUAAACAAAGCAACACAACCGAAGAAGUAGAAUUAGGUACAGAAGAUGAAAAAGCUAAACAAAUGAAUAUAUUACAAGAUGUACUUGGAGUUACAUUUAAAACGAAAUAUUCGGAAAGUAAUGAUAGCAAAAAAAGCAAACCUAAACUAGGUAUGCUUCGAUUUGAUCCUCUUCAACCGGAUCAUGCGAAAUUCUUGGCGCCAGUUGAACCCAAACCAGACCUAAAUAAAAAAUCAAAGAAGAAAACUAAAGAAAAGCAAGAAGUUGUAAAAGAAGUAGAACCUCAACCAGAAGGACCAAAAAUUGAAGUUUCAAAAGAACAGUUUUAUAAAGUCAGUGAUGCAUUGAAAGAAGCGAUUGCACAACCAAGCCAAUUUAGUUUGAGAAGUCUGUUUGGCAGUAAAGAUAAUGAUGAAGAUGAUGAUGAUGAAAAUAAAGGCCCACAAGAACAAGAAACUGACUAUAUACCCUUAGAAGCCCCGAAAGCAAAAAAAGUGAAAAAUCCUCUAGACCCUAAAGAGAAAAAUCCAUUUGUUUACGAUUCUUCUGACUCGGAAACUGAGGAAGUAGAUCAAAAGGAGGAUAAAGUUGAAAAAAUUGAGACUUUACCUGCACCUGUAAUUGAAACUAAAGCAGUAUGGAAAGAAAAUUUGUUCUUCAGCAAAUUUGAUUCACGUCUUAAAGAAGGCUUAGAAUUCUUCAAUAAAGCACCUGAAAACGAAAUUCAAAAAGAGAGGCGAGAAUUGAAAUCUUUGAUGAAGAAGCGCAUUUAUAACAAGGACAGAAAGAAUCAAAUGUUCAAAAAGAAAAUAGGAGGCAAAAAGAAAUCUUUAAAAAAGCCAUAUAAAAAUAAAAGUUAA